GGCGCGCCGCGGGGUCCUCCAAGAUGGCGGCGCAGAGGAGGAGCCUGCUCCAGAGUGAACAGCAGCCAAGCUGGACAGAUGACCUGCCACUCUGUCACCUCUCUGGAGUUGGUUCAGCGUCCAACCGCAGCUACUCUGCUGAUGGCAAGGGCACCGAGAGCCACCCUCCGGAGGACAACUGGCUUAAGUUCAGAAGUGAAAACAACUGCUUCCUGUACGGGGUCUUCAAUGGCUACGAUGGCAACCGAGUGACCAGCUUUGUGGCGCAGAGGCUCUCUGCAGAGCUCCUGCUGGGCCAACUCAACACUGAGCACACUGAGGCUGAGGUGCGGCGGGUCCUGCUGCAGGCCUUCGAUGUGGUGGAGAGGAGCUUCCUGGAGUCUAUCGAUGAUGCCUUAGCUGAGAAAGCAAACCUCCAGUCCCAGCUGCCAGAGGGUGUGCCCCAGCACCAGCUGCCACCUCAGUACCAGAAGAUCCUUGAGAGACUCAAGGCCCUGGAGAGGGAGAUUUCAGGAGGGGCCAUGGCCGUCGUGGCAGUCCUUCUGAACAACAAGCUCUACGUUGCCAAUGUCGGUACGAACAGGGCUCUUCUGUGCAAAUCUACAGUGGAUGGGUUACAGGUUACACAGCUAAACAUGGACCACACCACCGAGAACGAGGAUGAGCUCUUUCGGCUUUCGCAACUGGGUUUAGACACAGGAAAGAUCAAGCAGGUGGGCGUCAUCUGUGGACAGGAGAGCACCAGGCGGAUUGGGGAUUACAAGGUCAAAUAUGGCUACACUGACAUUGACCUGCUCAGUGCUGCCAAGUCCAAACCCAUCAUCGCAGAGCCGGAAAUCCAUGGCGCACAGCCUCUGGAUGGCGUGACGGGCUUCCUGGUGCUGAUGUCAGAGGGGCUGUACAAGGCCCUGGAGGCAGCCCAUGGGCCUGGGCAGGCCAACCAGGAGAUUGCCGCGAUGAUUGACACCGAGUUUGCCAAGCAGACCUCCCUGGAUGCGGUUGCCCAGGCUGUGGUAGACCGCGUAAAGCGAAUCCACAGUGACACCUUUGCCAGUGGUGGGGAGCGUGCCAAGUUCUGCCCACGGCAUGAAGACAUGACCCUGCUGGUGAGGAACUUCGGCUAUCCAUUGGGUGAAAUGAGCCAGCCUACACCGACCCCUGCCCCAGGGGGCCGUGUGUACCCUGUUUCUGUGCCCUACUCAAGUGCCCAGAGCACCAGCAAGACCAGUGUGACUCUGUCCCUCGUCAUGCCUUCUCAGGGUCAGAUGGUCAACGGCUCUCACAGUGCCUCCACUCUGGACGAAGCCACUCCCACCCUCACUAACCAGAGCCCCACUCUGACCCUGCAGUCCACCAACACGCACACCCAGAGCAGCAGCUCCAGCUCCGACGGGGGCCUCUUCCGCUCCAGACCGGCUCACUCACUUCCACCUGGAGAGGAUGGCCGUGUGGAGCCCUAUGUGGACUUUGCUGAGUUCUACCGACUCUGGAGCGUGGACCACGGCGAGCAGAGCGUGAUGACGACGGCACCUUAGUCUAGCCUCAGAGUGCAGCCUUGGCACAACUUUGUGUAGACGCAGAGGGCCGGUGCCAAAGCAAGACAAGGGAACCCGAGGGCAGUGAGUCACGGAUUUGCUGCAGGUUCGGCUACAGCUCUUGGCUGUAGCCUGAGUACAGACUGCAUUGCUGCUGGUCCACACAGGAAGCUGGAAUCCAGACCACAGGCAUCCUUAGACAGAGCCAAAUGGGAAAGCUGCAGGUGGCUUACAAACCAUCAAGAAUGCCUCCUGACAUGUUCAAAGAAUAGCAAGAAGUUGUCCUGUGGACCCCAGCUACCAAAGGCCAGCCAGACACUGCUCCCUCGAGACUGCUCUACCUGCCUCAGCUUCCCCUGGAAUAGCUGUGGCCUCUGCUAGUGCCCGUUACUUCUGGGUGGUUAUCCUCUUCCCACCUUUCAGCCCAAACUCAGGGGAGCAGGACAAGGAAGGACCAGAGAGAGCUGGCCAAGGAAUGCUAGUCUCAGGCUGCAGGUCAGCCAGCUGGCAGCUGAGCUAACUCGGAGAGCUGGCUUCCCAAUGGGGUGCAGAUAGCAGGCCAGGCCCACCAGGCAGCCGCACUUCUGCUUCUGCUAGAUCCUGCCCUGGGGCAGGGCAGGCCGAGUCAGAAGGCAGAGCCUUCCUCCCAGCGGGUCCUGGGAAGCGGUGAUGGGGGUGCUGAGGCAACAGCCCUCACGCUGAUGAGGAGGCUUGGCUCCGGGCUCUGCCAAAAGAGGAGUGGGAGACACGGCUGUAAGAGGGACAAGGUUGAGUCUUGCUCAUCCAGAAGACCAAGGACAUCAGGUGCGAUGGAUGCAGAUGUGCAGGGGAAAGACUGCUGGUCAGAUCCUGACUGGGACCUGUUCACACAGGUUCUCUACCUUCAGACAGGAGGGUUACCACAGCUGCCUGCAGUGCGGCCCCCCUGAGCUCAGAGGAGAACGCAGGCCGGGUGCUCCCCUCACCUGAGCCCAUCAGGACUGAGUCCAAGCUCAAAUCUGCAGCCCUUUCCCCACUGUGUGCAGCUGCUGGGCAGGGUGCCCAGUGUGGCCGUUGGCAAAGGCCGGUUCAGAGCACUUCUCAGACUCCAUUUCCCUAAAACGAGGCUGCUUGCUGUGCUGAGGAGAAGCCCUGGGUGGCGGGAAGCAGCAGCCUUUCUUCUCUCCACUAGGGAGGUCACCUCUGCCCUGCAGGAGUACAGCUCUCAGCUGGUGCACAGGGACUUGGGACGAAGGAGGUCCUCUCCAAGGAAUGUGGUGCUGUUUGGUCUCUAGAAAUAGAACCAUGUUCUAAAUGCA